AUGGUAGAGAUAGAAUCACCUGAUGUCAUGCGAGCUUUACUUGAUCUUGUUAUAUUGUAUUGCAAGGUUAAUAAUUUAGAUUCAGUUGAGGCAAUGAAAGAAAUACACUUAUAUAGAGAUCGAAAGGAAAGCUUUGAUAGGCCUGAAGCUGUUCCAGCUGCAAAAAAACUUCAACCUGAUGAAUGGUGGAGGUUGUUUGGUAGUUCUGCUCCAUGUUUACAAAAAAUGGCAGUUCGCAUUCUUAGCCAAGCAUCUGCUUCUUCAGGGUGUGAAAGGAAUUGGAGUCUUUUUGAUCAAAUUCAUACAACAAGAAGGAAUAGAUUGGAGCAUGAUAGGCUAAGUGAUAUUGUGUAUGUUACAUAUAAUUUGCGUCUUAAAUCCAGGUAAUAUAUAUUUCAU